UGGACCCGUGCUGAUUCUGCAACUUGACGAAACAUGUCAAGAAGCAGAGUCUCGUGUUCAGUGUCGUCGAUCGACGCGACAGUGUCACCAAAAAGUCGACGAAAUUAUAAACCAAACACAAAGGGUUGUUAGUGUUGAGUGAUUCGCUUAUUUUUGUUACCAUUUGUGCAGGUACAUGGCACCUGAGCAGAAUUAUGAGACAAAUAUCAUGACACUUCGAGAAUAAUUGUAUUGUUAGUACUUUAUAAAAGUUAUACAAGAUGGGGACUUGAUUUGCAGUGUAUCAGGUUCGCUCUUUUUAAUUUUCAUUUCGGAGAAUUAGUGGUGUUACGUGAUUCGUUUGUUUUUGUUAUCAUCCGUGCAGAUACAUUGUUAUUGUAAUAAUAAAGAUUGAGCAAAACUAUGAGACAAAUAUCGUGACACUUCGAGAAUAAUUUUACUGUUUGUAGUUUAUAAAAGUUAUGCAAGAUGGGGACCCGAUUUGCAGCGUAUUCGCUGAAGUUGACCAGUCUUCACGACUAUUAUCAACGACUUCUUCACGGCAGUCAACCUGUACCCUCUGGCUUCGACAUGGCAAAUACAGUGAAAUUUUUCUCCCAAACAUUACUGUCUCUACUGAAAGAAGUUCGCGAAGCCCCCCUCGAAAUGGUCAGGGCGCAGAAAUUCGAUGUAGAACGAAUGGCACUUUACCCCACUUUGGAUUACAAGCAGUUGUACAACGCUCUGACUCAGCUGAUGGACGUCGUUCCCUCCAUUCACAUUGGUUUGCAAGCAUUUGGUCAGGCACUUCUGCAAUGUCUCGCGUGUCUACUGCCUUUCCUCGAUCACGAUCUGAUCGACAACGUGCCAUACUUGGCAGCCAGUGCGAUCUCUGUACUUCCUGUGGAACUUCACCAAGAGAUCGUCAACUAUCUCUGUUUUUACAUCCUGCCGUUCAGUAUCACAAGGAAAACCGAAGAUGGGUCGGAAAACGCUGCUAGCCAGUCCAUAGCCGCCGUGAUCAUGAUGAUCUUUCAGUAUUCCAGCAAUCCAGCGCACCAUUGCCAACUGCUGGAGUGUCUGAUGGCGCUGAAACCUGGCGUGGUGAAAGACAUCCUCUGCGUGGUUGCUUACGGUACUGCGCCAGCAAGAGCAUCCGCUGCUAAAUUGCUCUUCUACUACUGGCCAUCUUUCAAUCCGAAUCUCUUCGACCGUAGAGCGGUUUUAAUGAAAUUCGCGAACGAUCUCACGCCUUUCGUCUGUCAAAGAGACUCCUGCCCUAACGCUGGCAACGCUGAAGCCGGAAAAGUCUGCUACGAUCAUCGAAUAUCCAUCACAUUCGCGACGGAAACACCGCCUCCGAUCUAUCUUUGCAUCGAGUGCGCGAACGAGAUCCACAGGGAGCAUCCGAAUCAAAUGUUCUACGAUAUUUUACACCCCAUGCAACAGGUGUCCAUGAUAUGCGAGAACAAGAACUGCAGAGCCACCGACAAGUCAGCGAUCAGCGUCUGCUUCUCGACCGAAUGCGCCAGCUACAAUGGCAACCACCCCAUACGCUACUGUCAGCAGUGUCACAACAUCAGGCACAACAAUCGUCGUGGCGGCGAUCACGUGUAUCACAUGGCGUUGCCUCACAUCUCGCAGCUGGACUCUCAAACUCAGACCUACAUGGUCCAGGCGAUCGUCAGCCUGCUUAAGGAAGCUGAACCGCUAAGUAUGGAUAGUAAUCGAGACAUCUCGGAAAUAAAUACUAAUAAGGGCAGCACAGGAUUCCCAGGAGGCGGAGCCAGCAGCGGUGGUGGCGCUAGUGGCGGGGGCGGCGCCGGUAGCGGUGGUGGGGGACAGUACGAUCCGUCGACGCUGGAGGAGAGGCAGCUUCUUGGAAGAUACGGUGUCUGGCUGCUGGUGGGGCUUUGCAACCCGAACCAGGAUACCUCGGUCGAAAUUCUCGGGCGUUUAUUGUCAAUGCUAUUUCAUUGGUUUCAUGUUACUGCCUACUCUUUCGAUGGUACUAAAAAAAGCCUUAUGCACCUUAUCUUUUCUGUUGGGCAAGCGGAGAGCGCGCUGGAGAAGUUGAAAACCGAAUACGUUUGCGGCUGGCUGGCGGAAGUGAUGAAGACGCACUACGAGGUCUUCAUCUCCUGUCUUCUGCCGCAUCCGGCGGACUAUGUUCGCGUCGGUGGCCACUGGGAAACACUGGCUUCGAGGACGUCGCAUCUUAAAGAUGGGCUGAAUCGACUGUUCUGUUUGGUGCCCUACGAAGUGAUCACGUCGGAUGUGUGGGACUACGUGAUGCCACAUUGGAUGGAAGCAAUGGUGAACGAUGUCCCGGAACACGAGCUCCACGAGUUAAAGAUGAUUUUAUGCAAAAUCCUGGAUAGAGACAUGAGCCCUCUAGGGUUCGACGCGAAAAAGAUGUACAACUUCGUGGCGAAGCGGUUCGUCAACACCUGCGCGAAGGUGCAAGAGCAGGCGCUGAACUGGUUGCAAACACUGACCAUGCUGGAGAUCAGCAUUCCUCUCUGUCAACUGUUCUCGAUGUUCAGCGACGGCGUCGCCGUCAUGGGUGCCAUGAAUACCACCGAGUCCGAGCAGAAGCCCAGCAAGGGGUCGAAGAAGGAGGACGAGGACGGAAACGCUAUAUUUGUAGAAAACGAGUCGGGGAAAUCAACACCACUGUCCGACGACAUGGUCCCGACACCUAGACACAUGGAGUUCACAACCAACGCUGAACUGAACCUAUCCUGUUGCAUACUCAUGCUGGACAUACUACUGAAGCAGAUGGAGCUUCAGAACAUAGACAAGCACACGGGGAUCAACACGUGGGUGUGCAGGGACGCGUGCCACCUGAUGAAGUCCAUCGUCGCCUCGAACUGGAACAGCUGUCACGUGUGCAGCGCGGACAGUUACGAUGCCGAGUGCACUUACUGCGAGUCCAGAGUGAUCUGGCAUCAACUGUGCCUGCAGUUGGUCACGUACAUGGCGCCGGAAAAUCCAGCUUACCCGCCUGACAAAAUCGUGGACGAAACCGCGGAGGAUCACGGUCGGAAGAGCCCGGAGGCUUCGAGGAAAGGCGACUCGAAAUCUGAUGUGGUGAUCAGUAUGCCGCCUACGGAAAUGCACUCAGUGGGUGGUGUGCUCGUCCACAUGCCGCAGUUCUUCGGACAGAUCAUGACAGCCACUGUAGAGACAGUUUCGGAGCAACUGGAUCUCGCUGCCAUCAUGCCUACGGAGAAGGUCACGUCAGCCGUCGCCAGAGCCGUCACUUUGUCGGAGACCGACGUUGCAACCGCGACGGUGAACGUGGCGAAACCGCGGCUAAUCGGAGAGAACGAUCAGCCGGUGAACCUAAGUCCGGAAAACGAAACGGACGAUUUCUUGUACACCUCCGUUGGGAAGUUCAGGUUCAACAUCGAGGAUCUUCCUGAACAAUUGCAGUACAUACACAAACUGCUAAAGGAAAUAAUGACGAUCGAGAAGCCUGACAUACUCUACUACAUGCUUCAAUGUUUGAACGUGAUGUGCCUCUAUGGCGACGCCUUCAAUAUAGCGGUGAAGGAUUACAAAGGAUUCUUCAUAUGGUGGCAGGAGAAUCUACUCAUAAAGAAUCUGUGGGAACUCCUCAAUGCUGAACAUUCGCAUAUUGCGCAAGUUACCGUGCCAUUAUUGCUCCAUUGUAUUACGCUGCCAUCCGGAACCCGUACAUUCUGGUGUCUGAUCCAGGAAGAAUUCCAUAACACUGAUUGGCGUGUUCGAUUCGUGGCAGUCGAAAGGGUCACGCUGAUCGCGAGAUUCAUGGAUUCCACUCCGCUGCGAAACGUGAUGACCUUGCAAGCUGCACUGGCGAACGCGUUCUGUUAUCUGAUCGCCAGCAUGGACGACAGUAACGUGUACGUCGCUCAGAGAGCCACCCUGUAUCUUGGUACCAUUCACGACACAGCUAUGAGGUCACUGAUCCUCUGCUUGGAGACCCAAUUCGACACGGAGAUAGAGGACCGGCCUAUAGUGUUGCAAUCGCUGUACCAACUUCACAACAGUCUCAGCGACAGACACAUUCUCACCUGGGAGUUUUUCUUGAAUCGCUUCGACGCCCUCUUCCUCGAAGCUCAGAUCAAAUUGGAAAGGUCUGGAGAUAUACCCUACCUGCGCGACCUUCGAAAUACGGACACGAGCAGCGAGAUCUUUAUGAAGAAGCUACACAGAGCCCAAGAAGCCUUGUCGCAAUCGGAUGGUAACGGAACCAACCCGAUAAAGACGCUGAGUGCAAGUUUCGGUGCCAAGUGGCCCUAUAAGCGCACUAUGCCUGCACCCACGUCCAUGAUUUCUCGACAGGACACCAAGCCAGAAAAGGAAAAGGUGUACAGCCGGCAAUACUCGGCGCCUAUGCUGAAGCGCAAGAGCUCCAGAUUCGGACUGGGUCAGUUGCUGGGGUCCACCCCACCUAAUAACAGUAUACCAGAUGGGCAUAUCCAUUCGCUCAACAUGGUCGACGAGGCUAGCGCGUUACCAGGAUGCACCCACAAAAUCGUCGAUUUCGAAGAGCUAGAUAAAGAAACGAUGCAUUUAUUGGUUUUCCUUUUGAUGCAGUUUCUUUCCAGGCAGGAUCAGGCUUUUCCAACGGACGAGAAGCCACUCUCGAAGACGCAAGGGAUCGUGCUGCGCCACUUGUACCUUUUGUUAGGGUACAACCAAACUGAACGCACUUUUCACACUUUUCCGCAACGCCUACGAGUGUCGCCGGUUUUUAAUGUAUUCAUCGCGAACCUCCCUCAACUCCUGGACCAAAAUCACGUAAUGGGAUGGGUGAUGACGCCUCCAGUUCUAGCCAUCUUGCAACACUGCCCUUGUCCCCCACAAGGUAUACCUUCUUCGGAUCAUCAAGCUCCAACAUACAGCCUUUGGUACCUCGAACCCCAGAACAGGCGUUCUUGGUUGAUGUCUCUUCUCGUGAUACUUUACAAGUGCCAGUAUGGUCAACAACCGUGGUGCAGUCAGCUACAGGUUUUAAUCAAGAUCGUGUUAAACACGCUUGACAUGCAGCAUCAUCAAUGCAAGAGGAUCCCGGCUACGGUGGUCAUGGGUGCUCCACCUUCCAGAUCACGUGACGUAUCUCAACCGUCCCUUGGUGUGGACCACGACUUAGCGGCCAGCACUAUGGGAGAAAUGAACGCUGAGAGUCCUCCAAUAAGGACACCAAUGGUCUCGGUGCACCAACGUAGCCCGGGAGCCACGCACAGUCAAAUGGCGACUCACUGGGAAGAAAGUACACCGUCGUGUCGUUACACAAACAAGCAUUCCAGCUACUCGAGCAAUACGGAUGAUACGGAGUCCGAGCUGGCUGCAAUACCCGAGAGCCCAAAAUCUGACAGCACGUUACAUGGCAGCAGUGGUGGGUCGCUCGGUGAACUGGAGGACAGCCCAGCUGCGGUCACUAGAAGCGUGUCUCUUCAUGGUCCGAGAACUUCGACCGCGAUCGACAUAGUGACUAAAUCGGAGUGGAGUAGCCAGAACGCUAAUAAGAAAACGGACGUAGUUUCCAGACCUACUUGGUUCUUAGGAAGCGAAGACGAUUCUCAUCAACAGAGUACGAAAGCUGGGCCCCAAAAGAAAUGGAGUGUACACGAGGGAGUAAAAAUGAUGGUGACGAGCUCGUUUCUAGGUGGACAGCCAGAUUUCCAAAAAUACAGCCCUGUGGCAAGGGCUCUCUCUGAGUUAGUGCCGGAGAAAGGAGGCCCGGAAAAGGGGAUUCUGGAGAAAGCGGUAACAGAGAAGCCAGUGUUGGAGAAAACGAUUCAGGAGAAGAGCGUCACUGUGCAAGUAGCUUUCAAUGGAGACGCGGUGUCAUCCAAACCUUUUGGCCUGACCGAAACUGCUCUUGUUAUUGCUACUGGGACGUCUCAAGCUCAAAAACACGAGCCACCAAAAGAGAAGCCAACGACCGCGACCUCCAGUAAUUCGGACUCGCCGAGUUCCAAACACUUGGGUAGACAGAAACGGAUAGAUCAACCUGUGACUGUGCCGUCCCCGGUGUCUCCGAGUCAAGUGGUGACGGUUACCAGUAGCGAUCAGUCGAGUUCGUCAGCGGUCAGCCCGAUCUCGUCUCAAGUCACUAGCACGGAAAACGGCCAACAUACCGGCUGGAACGACAUCCCUCAUCCCUUAACAACGCCGACGGUUGAGCGUUUACUACCAAUUGGCACUACGACUCGUCCUACGGGACCACGUCCCACUCAACGUAUCCUGCGUUGCGAAGACACAUGUGGGUCGCCAGAGUCACCUUUAUCAAAGAUGAACGUCUUGACAGUCAGUUCCUCGUUCGAUCAGGACAGCGAGACCUGCAUGUCUAGUGACAUCACGAGUCCCAGAAGUACGUCUCAAUUGGAAUUCCCUACGCCUGAACGCCUUCUACCCAUUGGCCCGCAUAGAGACUUCAGUGGCUUGGUCGAACACGUUCGUCAAGCUCUUGGUGUCCAAGAAAUCGAAGAUUCUAAUAAAUUCAUCAAUGGGAAUGGGAAUGGAAACAAAGGCGACGGAUUGGCGCCAGUGAAGCAAGAUAGUACAACUUCCGAGAACAUGUCAGCAUCGCUAGUGCCAACAUCGAACGAGGUACACUCUAGUAGGUCGGCAAGUCCAAGAAGACUGAUCAAGCAAGUAGCUUUAGAAUCACCACCUCCGAUGCCGGAUCCCUUAGAUUAUCCCUGUCGUUCCUUCGACCAUGAUCGAAAGACGAAGAUACAAGAUCACGUACGCAUUCAGCGCGAUAGGCCUCGGAAAGGUGCUAUCAAAGCACAGGAUACACCGAUUACGAGGCGCACGGAAUCUUGGCCGGGUCCUCAAUUGCAACCCAAUUUCGACACUGCCUCGCAACAGGCCUAUCAUGCCGAUUUCAACCUGAAGCAGAGCUUGUUUCGUAUUGGAGACGAUUGCAUUUACGAGAGGUGUUCGGAAUGUGGGACGAUAAAGGAAGAAUACUCUGACGAAGAACUCGGCCUUUGCAUCAUCAACUUGGGUACAUUUGUUCAUCGCGAGCCGUCCUUAGCAGCGCCUCUUCUACCAGAGAUUCUGAGGGUCAUCACAAAAGUGGCCUUAAACGCAAUGUAUCCUUGGCAAAGCGAGACCAACAUGCACCUUCCAGGUGGCGCGAUUAGUGUGGCGCAUCAGUUCCUCCGUUGCGUUCUUCACCAAUUGGCGCCUAACGGUGUAUUUAUGCAGAUGUUCCAAACGCACUUGAACGAGUCUACGAGGAUGCAGUUCUUUAAAAGCGUUGCUCAAGCUCUGGUCGAUUUCAACGAACUAAAUCCAAUUGCACCUUUGCAGCUAGUACUUGAGGCUUUAAACGCAAAGAAAUCUUUGCCAACGGAAAGACUGCCAGUGAUACUAUAUAAUAUAGCGUGCUACUUGGACUGUCUGCCAUUGGAAGCAGGUCUGGGUCCAGGUGCAACAACCUGGAACGGACUGUUGGCACAAUUUGACAGCCUCUUUCGAAGACUCGUUUUGAUGCUUUCUUCUAUCGAGGACACCACGCCGUUGUUAAGAAUUAUGAUAUCUUUAUUAAAGGUUCCAGGAAUCCAACAAUCAAAGGGAAUGCUGGACCCGUUCGCCAAAGUAUUGAGCUACGCCAUACAAAACUCCACGAUACGAUACAGCUACCUGACGGACUUAUGCUAUCUCUGUCACAGAGGAUUUACCCGCGACAGGGACAAGCACUUCUUCGGCAGGACGAUUGUGUUCGAACUGAUUCAAGCCAUGAAAUUCAAGACCACCAUUCCAGACUCCAAUUUCCUUUUGCUUCUACACUUCGUGCUUCAGGACAUUGGAGGAUCGUUGCCUAACACAAUCGCCCUGGAGAACAUUCACACGGAUAUGUCGCCGAUCUACAAUACUAACGCCUCAGAGUCCCUGAAGAACCAGCUGGCAGAUGUCCUAGACUUCUUGGCUGAUUUUCAUACCCUGAGCAAAGUGAAGAGUUACAGCAAAGGCAUGCAGGCAGGACUGAACGAGGACACGUUGGGUGGUAUAUUAAAGUGUGGUCUCGCGCAAUACGUGGCAUUGGAAAUUACGAGGGGCAAUAACAGGGAGAACAGAGCAGUGCUCCGUUAUCUACCGUGGCUCAACAGCGCCCCUUCUAUGAUACCCCAAGGUGCUCGCGAGUACGUCGACUGCAUAGGGCACAUUAGGCUGCUAUCCUGGCUUCUGUUGGGCUCUCUCACACAUACGGCAAUGUAUGCUGGCAACAACAACACGCAGAGCCACGGGCCAUCGAUCCCGACGGCACAACCAAUACCCCAGGAAGUGUCCUGUCAUGUUGCGGAUCACGUGCAAGUGAUAUUUUCUGGGUUCCCUGAACAAUCCAAGGCGUCAGUUCUGCACAUGUCCUCGUUGUUCCAUGCGUUUAUACUUUGCCAGUUGUGGACUAUGUAUCUGGAAGAGCUGUCGAAAAAUAAUCCAUCGAACAGCGAGGGACAUAAUAUCACGAUGAACAUAUUGCUGGAGUUUUGGGGCAAGAUAACGCCUUGCAUACUGCAACUGGUUGGGUGUUCGAGAGUCCUGGCUGAGAUGGUUAACUUGCAUUUCUUAAGUUUAUUGGAAGCACUUCUCGAGUGCGGGUCCAUUUUGCUGAGCAAAUUACUACCACUCUGGAGCCCCAUUUUGUAUUCGCGUCACGUUCAGCUACCAGGGCAUCUGCAAGUGCGUUUGCAAAAUUGUCGAGACUUUCCACCGAACAAGAUGACGGAGCAUUUCGCCUCAUCCCGUCGUGAAUCUAAUGCCACGCUUUUGCGAUGGUUGCAUCGACUGCAAUUUAAGAUGGGCCAAAUAGAAAUGCAGUCUUCUACAGCCACACAAUUUUACUCGAUUUAGAAU